CCCGCAAAUUGGCUCGUUGGCUCGUGGGUCAACUUGCAGCUGUCGCUUCUACAAGAAUAUGGAUUCUCGCCCUUUUGCUGUACGAUCGAGGAAGCUAGCAUGGAGAUCGCCGUGAAGUUGCUACUGACGGUGUUGACGAUAGUCAUCAUCGCAUGGGGACUCACAGGACCUCUCCGCCAACCCUCCAGGAAACAGCCACGGUCUGAAACCUGGACCUUGCGAGUUGACGAUAUCCCCACAAACGAAUCUGGAGUUUUUGCCAGUAAUCUACAGACCAUCAUCGACCAGGACCGGAAAUUGAAAGACGCCGUCCCUACUCCAAUCUGCUGCAACUCUAUCUCGCCGCGGGAUGGUCGCUCCAGCUGUGCUACGGUUUCGAUCACUUCAUCUCUCCUAGCUGAGGAGUUAUGCACCUUGCUGGAAAGAGCUCUCAGCAAGUACUCUUACACCUUUUCAUGUACAUUUGAUGGCAUCACCCCACUCUACGAGGACCCAAGCCGCGUAGAUGUUGACAUCAUUGUAAUUCCUGGCCUCGGAUGCAAUGCAAUCGGUUCAUGGAGAAGUCGCAAGACCAAUAAGAUCUGGCUACGCGAUUUCUUACCCCAAGACUUUUCUAAUAUAAGAGUUCUUCUUUAUGGAUACGAUAGUACGCUGCCGGGCAGCCAUUCUAAACAAUCUAUCGCUGAUCUGGGCAAUGCUCUGAUGGAAACAGUCACUGCUUUUCGGUCUAAAACUCAAACUCUCAGGCGCCCGAUCAUUUUCAUCAGUCAUAGUCUGGGUGGCCUUUUGAUUAAAGAGGCACUUCUCCUUUCCAGAAGAAAGUUUGGGGAAACAAACCCUACUAUCUCCAGAGCUACCUAUGGGAUCCUUUUCUUCGGCGUGCCUAAUCAUGGCCUUCGGAACGAGCAGUUACGAACACUUGUCGACGGUCAACCUAAUAAAGCUUUUAUCAAUGAUCUCCUCGUGGAUGAUGAUUCAGAAGCGUCGGGCUUCCUGAAAAGACUUACAGUACAGUUUGCCGAAAGCUUCAAGGGCUAUUACCACAUCGUAACUUUCUACGAGCGGUUACUUAGUCCGACCUUGGAGCGUAAUAAAGCCGGGGGAUGGUCAAAGACUGGUCGGAGAUGCUUGAUGGUGACGGAACAAUCAGCUACCAGCACCGGAAUAGUGGCUACAGCCGACGAAGACAACAUCCCAAUGAACGCUGACCACUCCGGGCUCGUCAAGUUCAGUUCCAGAAAUCAUGGUGAAUAUUUGGUAGUCCAAGAGAGACUAAGACAACUAGUUGAGGAAACAAAACAAAAGGUUUCCCAAAGAUUUGCUGAAUCUGACCUGUACUGCCCUAGUUCAGAAACACCUCAAGCUUGUUUAAGGUCUUUGGCCUAUGAGGCUAUGGACACUCGACUUGAUACUAUUAUUGAGGAAUCUGAUGGUACCUGUGAAUGGCUUUCGAGUCAUGAAAACUUCGUCAAAUGGAGGGACCAGCACCGAGGUCUCUUGUGGAUCAAAGGAAAGCCUGGAUCAGGCAAGUCUACUAUUACAAAGUAUGCAGUCAAGAGACUCUCCAAAGUCUAUGGGCCUGAGACCCAGGUUUUUUCGUUCUUCUUCCACGCGCGGGGCCACGAGCUUCAGAAAUCUCUGCUUGGUUUCUUCCGAUCCAUUUUGCACCAGAUUCUCCAACGCUACCCCGGUUCGCUCAAUGAUCUAGUUGAUGCGUUUAAUACGAAACGAAUGUCAAUUGGUGAGCCGGGGAAGAAUUGGCACUGGCACCUCCAACCGCUCCAAGAAUUUCUGAAAUUAGGGCUCCCCAAGAUCCUGACGAGGUUCCCCGUCGUCUUUUUUAUCGAUGCAUUAGAUGAAUGCGGCCAAAGCCCUGCCCUCGAUCUGAUCAAAUACUUCCAAAGGGUGCUCCAGUGUCUGCCUUCAAAGGGCUGCCAAUUUGGUGUUUGCUUCUCUUGCCGCCAUUACCCUAUCAUUCCAGGUAAUGGUGGGUUAGAAGUAGUGUUGGAAGAAGAAAACUAUAAAGACAUUUCCAUGUUCGUCAAGAGGAGUCUUCUCAUCAUCAACAAUAAUGAUCUAAAUGAGGAGCUCUUCAAUCUGAUUGUUGGGCGUGCGCGAGGAGUUUUCCUGUGGGCUAUGCUGGUUGUGAGAGAAGUUUCACGAAUGGCAAUUGAAGGCGAGUCGAUGGCUACAAUGAAAGCUGAAAUAGCUCGUAUGCCACGGGAUUUGAAUCCAUUCUAUGAGGAACUCGUCAAGAGCAGCAAGAAUCAUCCCGCAACGCUGAGCCUAAUCCAAUGGCUUUGUUUCCCCGCAACCCCCUUGGAUAUUGAUCAAUUACAGUGGGCUCUGGUUGUUGAUCCCAAGUCUCCACUGAAGACUCUCGAAGAGUACCGUGCAUCCGAGAAUUUCAUAUCAAGCGAUAGAUUCGAGACCAGGAUCAAGACUCUGAGUUGUGGGCUUGUGGAGGUCAGCCGCCACACUGUCCAAUUUAUUCACCAGUCAGUCAAGGAUUUCUUUCUUGAUCAAGGGCUGGCCCUUCUUGAUCAGAGAGAACCAAAUGAGGUUGUUGCAGCUGCUCACUGCCGUAUGUCUCUGAUAUGCGUCCAGUACAUGAAUAUAUGCUGUAAGGACCCAGGCAUUAUCGGGAGACAAAUUUACGAAACCCCCCUACGUCGGUAUGCAGCCACAAACUGGUCAUUUCAUGCGAUUCUUGGGCAGAAUGCGCGGCAUUUUCCAAAAGAGUUCCUUGAUGUAAUACAAUGGCCAAACGAGGGCCCGCUUCAGAGCUGGUUGCGACUGGUGAGGAACACAGUUUUUCCAAGUUUUCCACCGGAGACGACUUUGAUGCAUCUUGUAGCCAGAUUUGAUCUGCGAAGAUUGUGCUUCUUCCUGACCUCUCCUCUUUGUGGCGAUGCAGCAUUACACCAAUAUGGGAAAAGCAGCUGUCAUUGUCCACCUCUCCUACACAAUAACGAGGAUGGAUAUGGAACGGCUGUGCAAAGUCUCCCUAUCGAAAAGGUGUACUUUGACUUGAAGGACCGGAAUGGCCGCACACCACUUUCUUGGGCAGCAGAACACGGAUCUCUAGAAGUCGCUAAGCUGCUUCUUAAUACUGGUCAAGUUGACGUUGAAUCAAGAGAUGAAAUUGGCCAGACACCACUUUCAAGGGCGGCGAAGUAUGGAUCUCUAGAAGUCGCCAAGCUACUUCUUGAUACCGGUCGAGCCGAGGCUGAUUCGAGAGAUAAUGCUGGCCGCACACCAUUUUCGUGGGCAGUAGAACAUGGAUGUCUAGAAGUCGCCAGGCUACUUCUUGAUACCGGUCGAGUUGAUGCCGACGCGACAGAUGAUAUUGGCCGCACACCACUUUCGUGGACAAUAGAACAUGGCCACCUGUCAGUCGCUAGGCAACUAGAAGUUGCCAGGCUACUUCUUGAUACCGGUCGAGUUGAUGCCGACUCGAGAGAUGAUGCUGGCCGCACACCACUUUCGUGGGCAGCAAAACGUGGGGCCCUAGAACUCGCUAGGCUACUUCUUGAUACCGGUCGAGUCGAGGCCGACUCGAGAGAUGAUACUGGACGCUCGCCGCUUUCGCAUGCAGAAGGGAGGUCUCCAGAAGUCGCCCAGCUGCUUAUUAAUACCGGUCAAGUUAACGUCGACUCGAGAGAUAAUACCGGUCGAACACCACUUUCGUGGUCAGCGCGCACGUUCAAUACAGAAAUCGCCAAGCUACUUCUCAAUACCCGCAACGUAGACGUUGACUCGAGAGAUGACGCUGGCCGGACACCUCUGUCGUGGGCUGUAUCGUCGGCAGCUGAAGGGGUAGCUCAACUGCUCCUCAAUACAGGCCGAGCUGAGGCUGACUCGAGAGACAAUGCCGGCCGUACACCUCUCUCGUGGGCUAGUUCGGCAUCACGUCUUGUAGCGGCAAGUAUGCUCCUUGAUACCGGCCGAGUUGAGGUUGACUCAAGGGAUAGUACUGGCCGGACGCCUCUGUCAUGGGCUGCAGCAUCCUAUCAUCUAGAUGGAAAAUUUACCAACGGAGAGUGGGUCCCUUCUUCAUGGAAAGAACCAUCCUCUAAGAGUGUAGUUGAAAUACUCCUUGAUACGGGCCGAGCUGAAGUUGACUCGAGAGACAACACUGGCCGGACACCCCUCUCUUGGGCCGCAGAAUCACCCAAGUCAUUGAUAACAGUCAUGAUGCUCCUUAAAACAGGCCGAGUUGAUGUAAACUCAAGAGAUGACAACGGUCGAACGCCUCUCUGGUGGGCCGCACGGCACGGGUCAUGGCUUGUGGUCGAAAGGCUCUUCAAUUCAGGCCAGGUCAAGAUUGGAUCAGAACUCCAAACCUGUGUCCCGCUUGCUGUUCGAUUCAGCAAGGCACGGCGAGAAGAACUCCUCAAGAUGCUUUCGGUUGAAAGCGAGGGUGAAGGUUCUGGACACGGAUAG